AAGAGUCGGUUGGCGGUGACGUCAUGUCAACGCCGCCAUCACGCAAAGGCUUCUGGGUAGAGAGGUCAAGAGUCGGUCGGCGGUGGCUGCGGAAGAACGCUUCGACUCGACAACAAAGACUGUUGCCUUACCUAAAAAAACAACAACCAAAUACUAUAACAUUUGCGGCGAUUUCGGGGCUUCAUAUCUCUUAUUUCAGCACAACACGGCGGGAAUUACGCCAGCAUGUGUUUUGUUCAUCAAGACUUGCUGUUAGCAUGCUAACUAGCUAGUUAGCAUGCUAACUAGCUAGUUAGCAUGCUAACUAGCUAGCAUGCUUGUUAUUGUUUUGCUGUAGUGGACGUCCCUCCCCGUGAUGUUAUCUUGCUUCUACCGGGAAAAAUGGAUGAGAAGUCCGGCAGCCACCACCGGCUCCUGGUGGUCGUGCUCAUGGCGCUGAUCUUCGGCGUCAUCACGAUCCAGUACGCGUGUCCGAGUCGCUCCGAGUGCCAGGUGCUCCACCGGCUGGGCUCCUGGCUCAACCUGGCCGUCGGCCCCUCCGGUGUCCGAGAGCAAAGAGAUCCGUACACGGCGGAAGACGGCGCCUUGGUCCGCUUCAUCCCCCGCUUCAACUUCACCGGGGCCGAGUUGAGCCGCGCCGUGGACUUUAACAUCAAGGGCGAUGACGUCAUCGUCUUCCUGCACAUCCAGAAGACGGGCGGCACCACGUUUGGCCGACACCUGGUGAAGAACAUCCAGCUGGAGAGGCCCUGCGAGUGCCACGCUGGCCAGAAGAAGUGCACCUGCUACCGCCCGGGGAAGAGGGAGACGUGGCUCUUCUCGCGGUUCUCCACCGGCUGGAGCUGCGGCCUUCAUGCCGACUGGACCGAGUUGACCCGCUGCGUCCCGUCACGCAUGGACUCCAGGGAGGCUCCGAAGACCAUGCUGAGUAGGAACUACUACUACAUCACCAUCCUGAGGGAUCCGGUGUCACGCUACCUGAGUGAGUGGCGUCACGUCCAACGCGGUGCCACCUGGAAGGCCUCCCUACACGUGUGUGACGGGCGCUCCCCGACACUGUCGGAGCUCCCCAGCUGCUACCCUGGAGACGACUGGUCAGGCUGCACGCUGCAGGAGUUCAUGGACUGCCCUUACAACCUGGCCGACAACCGGCAGACGCGCAUGCUGGCCGACCUGAGCCUGGUGGGCUGCUACAACGUGUCGGCCAUGAGCGAGGAGGAGCGCUGGGCGGUGCUCCUGGAGAGCGCCAAGCGUAACCUGCGCGGCAUGGCCUUCUACGGGCUGACCGAGUACCAACGUAAAACGCAGUACCUGUUUGAGCGCACCUUCAACCUGGAGUUCAUCGCGCCCUUCACCCAGCUCAACGGCACGCGGGCCUCCAGCGUGGACGUCCCGGCCGACACGCAGCGCGUCAUCCGCCGGCUGAACCGAUGGGACGUGGAGCUCUACGAGUACGCCCGCGACCUUUUCCUGCAGCGCUUCCAGUUUGCCAGGCAGCAGGAGCGAAGGCAGGCCAGGGAGCGGCGGCAGCAGGAGAGGAGGCGGCUGCGUGGAAGGCAGGGACGCCAGCAGAGGCCCACGGCGGCGCCCCCUGUGGUCGACAGCCACCUGCUGGUAACUGAGUCACUAGAAAAGUCUGAAGAAGACAGCGUGGAGUCUGACGGGCUCCUGCCGGACUGGUGGGAUGUGGAUGAGAAGGGCGUGAUGGAGGACUACAUGGACAAUGUGGAGCAGUGGAAAUGACCAAUUUGAAUAAUACUUCUUUUAAAGACGAGGCCUUACUUUUAGUUACUGUGAAGAAGAAAACAUCUUCACCAGUCAAUUUAUUUCUGUUAUUUAUAAUUGUAAAACACAGUGGUUAUACUACAGUUGUCAUCACUAAUCUUACUGUGAUUUUAUUAUACUGUGAUUUAUUCCACUUUUCUUUUAAUGUUGUAUUAAUUUAUAAUGUUGAUGUCCAAGAACCACGGUAUGCAAAUGAUGCUAUGUCUAGACUAGACUGAACAAUUUAGACAGAUUCCAUCCAUUUUCCCACACGUUCAUGUGAAAUAAUAGUGGGGAUAGAUGGAUGUUAAAUUGAACGUAUUGUAGUGCAUCUGAAGCAACUCAGGCAGAAAUCAUAGGAACAAAAAAAAAGAAGUUUUGCUUCCAAUCGUCUUAAAGUAACCCCAGAUAGUAACAAUCUUCAUAUGUUUGCCUCUCAGUUGUUAAGAUGGCCUGCAAGUGUUUUGCCAAUACAUUACUGUGUAACAUUUACUUAUGUUUUUAUUUUUAUGACGCACAACUUAUUACCUUUUUUUUAAUGUUCGAAAACAACAUUUUUCAAAAUGUCUGAAAUGCAUAUGUUUACAAAUGUAGCUAUUUUAUCACAGAAAAAGAAUACCUCAGUGGGUAGCAUAACUGAUGUUGUGGCAAAGUAACUGAAUGUUUCCAUGGAUCUUUUUUAUAUAUAUAUAUA